AUGGCACAAGUUGAAACAUGGCCAUUAAUUGUCUGCGACGGCUCACUGCGCCGCAGCAUCUGCUCACCGGGUUGCCGGGUCUGCUACACCGAUUUUCUCGUCGCCGCCAUGGGUCGGAAGAGAUGGGUAUCGAGCUUCUGGGGGGUGCAUCCCCUGAAUCUCCUGGCUCACGCAGCCGUAAUUUUAAUUGUCAAGUGCUCAGAUGUGGCAGCAGAGCAUGAAAGCAACGGCGGACUCGCCGAUGCACCGGUGCAAGUUCAGAUACAUGAGCAGGCCGACACAGAGACUACGCCCCCACCUCUCCAGACCGUUGUUAGUAGUGCGCAGGCAUCUGCAGAGACUGCUUCUUCAGCGGGAGAUGUGUAUUUGCUCCAAAACAGGGGGGAGAAGCUGAUCCAAAGGGUAGAAGCCCCCCACAUGUCCCCUCCGGGUGCAGGCCGCCUUGCUACGACGGGUCUGCUUGCUUCUCUUCUAGUUCUCAUCGGAUUAGUCUUCUGGGAAGUUUUUAACUUUGUUGGCGAUGUGCAUGACCCAUUUAAAGAUGUGACGGACCCCGGGUUGAUUCCUGUGAUGAUCGACGAUAUGCUAGAUAAAGGGAAGUCCUUCGCCUUCGUGGUAAGGCGAUGCAAGUUUUGCGGUAUUGGUAUUCGGGCACUGAAAAAGGCUGGGAAGGAUACGGUGGUGGUUAUGGUCGAAGGGCAUCCACAUCAAACCGCGAUCAGCCGCUGCCUGAGGACCAGAUACGGCGCUAGAGGAUUUCCGUUCUUUAUCGUUGACUCCGAUCGAUAUGGAUACCUUUCAAAAGUGGUAGAUAUUCACUUGAUAUGGGAUUUCCCUACAGAAGCAUCUACUGCAGGAUGUAGCAUCAUUGUGGCGAAGCAGUUUUUGGCAGAAGAGUCCCCCCGAUGA